GGCAUUAAUUGUUUAUCAAUUUGCUGCUGUUUAAAUAAAGAAAUAAAAGGGACAAAUGGAAUCUACUGUAACUGGACGAAGGCGUACUGCCACACGGCAUUCUGCUGAGGAUCAAGCACUUGAUCAAAUAGCUAAAGAGGCAGAAGCACGAUUAGCUGCAAGGAGACAAGCAAGAGCUGAAGCUAGAGAAAUCCGAAUGCGUGAAUUGGAAAGACAACAGAAAGAAGCGGAAGAAAAUGCUGAUAGAGUUUAUGAUAUGUGUUCAGAUCCUAAUAGAGCCAUGAGAGUAACUCCGGAUCCUGUAAGGACAUCACGCUUGCUUACAAAUUCUAAUAAUUUUCAAUCCAGCUGUAAAUCAUCAGAAGAUUCAUUAGAAGAUGUGGGACUUGGUAGAGAUCUUAGGUUAGAGCUGAAGGAAUUUGAAGAGAAAUUCAGAAAAGCAAUGAUAGCUAAUGCCCAAUUAGACAAUGAAAAAUCUUCUUUUGCCUAUCAAGUUGAUAUAUUAAAAGAUAAAUUGGAAGAAUUAGAAGAAAUGGCAGCCCAAUUACGUAGAGAACUUCGAGAGAAGAAUCGAGACGCUGAACAAUUAAAACGACUUGGUCAAAGAUUAAAAGAUGAUUUAGAUUUAUGCAGAACGCAAUUGUUAGAAAGGGAUACAUUAAUUCAGGAAAAUGGAUUAGUGAUAGUUGAAGAUGAAGGAACCGAUGAAGAAAAUGAUGUUGAAAGUGGACCCUGCCAUAGAAGAAGAGUAUUAGUUAGUAAAGAGUCUGCAGAUUUAUUGCAGAAUGCUGGAAAAGGAUCCUUGGACGUUCGACUGAGAAAGUUUGCUUCGGAGAAAAAAGAAUUAGAAGAUCAAAUACGACAUUUAAGAUUGGAAUUAGAAGAAACCAAGAAUCGCAUAAGAUCUGAGAGAUCCCCGGGUGCAGUAUUAGGUGGCUUAACGUAUUCUGAAGAUAUUCAACGAGAGGCUAAUAAGCUUUUAAUCGAUUACAAAUUCAAGCAGCAGAAAACGGAACAGGACAUGUCUACGUUACAAGCCACGGUGGCUAGAUUAGAAAGUCAAGUAAUACGUUAUAAGUCUGCGGCAGAAGCAUCUGAGAAAGCGGAAGAUGAACUCAAAAUUGAAAAGAGAAAAUUGCAAAGAGAAGUUAGAGAGUUUCAAGGACGCGUUGAAGAGCUCGAAACAGCAAACUCGCAUUUACAAAGGCGAUUAGAUAAACUUAAAAAUGCUAAAUCCGCUCUUUUUAAAGAUCUUUGAUGAAAUUAUUUUUGUUUUGUUUUCUUUUCUUCUUUUUUUUUUCUUUUUUUUGUUGGGAUCCGUCAAAUCUACUCGAUUUUUUUUUCUUUUAUGCUAUCUAUAGACGAAAAGCAUUUAUUUAAUAAUUUUUAAAAUAACAAUAUCGCAAAAUAUAUCAAAGUUAUUUGACAAUUUGAUAAUAACAUUUAACAGAGAGUAUGUGUACUGUUAUCAGAUCUUUUAUAAUUUAAAGAGCUUUUAUCAUUUAGAGAAUGAUACGUAUAAAAAUAUUUAUACUAAUGAAUUUGUACGCAAAGUCAUUCUUUGUUUUUAUCUGGUCUUUUGGUAAUAAGCAGUUUAAUGGCAAUUUAACAACGAGAAAAUGCUUGUUUAGUAAUAAUAUUUUAGGCAUUUAUAAUACUAUAUUAAUUUAUAAAUAGUUGUGUAAAGACAAUUUGUGCAUGUACAUAACAUUGUUAUGUUAUAACAGCCUAUCGGUUUUUACAUAGUUCUCUCUAUCCAUUGACAUCAAUAUUAAAAACGAAUUGUGUGUUACAUUUUGACUAAUUAAAUGAUGUCAAUGUGUAACAUUAUAAAUAUAUAUAAAACAAUUCAUAUAAAUUUAUUUAAAUUGUAUAAAUUUAUAUAAAUUUAUAUAAUUAUAUAAAUAAGAAUUUAUAUAAAUUUUUAAUCAAUAUUUCAAUUUUGGAAGUUUCAUGCUCACAAUCAAAGCGUAUACAAAUUUAAUAUUUUGUAGUUUGAAAUAAACAGGAAGAAGGAGAAAGAGAGAGAAAGAGAGAAAAAAAUAUUAUGAUUUUUGCAAUUAUAUAAAGAAGUUAACAUAUUUUAGUAAUUUAUGUACUUGGUAUAAUAAGUAUACUUAAAUUCUUAAAUUUUAAACUAUUCUUCUAGUGUAAAAUGGAAGUGAUCAAUUACGAAUGUAUUUAAAAGAGUUUGAACAUUUGAAAUUAUGAGUUACGUAAUUAGUUUUCAAUUUUUAUUCCUUUGAUCCUUUAUUUAGUUUUUUUGAAAAUUUUCAAAUGCAUUUUAUUAUUAAGAACUAUCGCGAACACGCAAGAUAGAUCAUAAAUGACAAAAACCACACCGGACUGUCCUUUAGCGAACCAUAAAAUAAUAUGCUUGAAAAAAAUAAAUAAGUAUAAAUAUAUCCUUAUUGUGCAGAAUAGUAAUAACAGAUGAGAAGAUAUAAAAUUAUUGUAUACUGCGUUGGAAAAAAAAAAAGAAAAAAAAAAAGAAAAAAAAGUAAAAAAAAAAAAACAAAAAAAACAUAUCCUUGAAUAUGUUGGUAGUGAAAGUAUAUUUAUGAUCGUGUUGCAUUUAUAACUUGUAUCAAAAUGAUUUCUGAAACAUUGUGACUGAUAUGUGUUUUUCAUCCAACGGGGAUUGAUACGAA